AUGUUCGACUACACCAACUUCGAUCACGUCUUUGGGGCGGAGCAGUUCCCUUACGAUCGCAAGUCCGUUCAGGAAAUCGACACCUACCGCAAGAGCCUCGAUGGCGCCCUCUUCAUCGACCGGGUCCUGAAAGCCUUGGGUCUCACCAAGUCCAAGACAUACCCUCCCAAAACCGAGAAUGCUCUGCGCACACUACACCAGCAACUAUGCGAAGCCACUAUGUCAACGCACCACCGACUCUCGAUCUUCUACUACAUCCUGCUCGACUUUGACACGAGCCAGACUAGAUCCCAGGCAUCGUCAAAGUUCGCCGUCACGUCCGGUGUUCCCAAGAACUAUCAGAUCUUCAUGAAGGGUCUUUGGCUUCUGGAUCAUCAACAAUUCGAGAAAGCACUCGAGUAUAUUGCGCACCCUUCCCUAACUACCGACUUUGCCGAUGAGAUCAUGACAGCGCUUGUGCGCAAUGCUCCCGACGGCGACUACACCCUGCCUCUCUCAUACUUCCACACUGUCCAGCCAAUUCUCAAGACAUCCGAGGCUCUCGAGCUUCUCUUCGACGCCAUGUCAAGAACUAGCGUCACCGAAGCCCUCUACUUUUCCAGAACCCACGCCGAUGCUGUCAGGGCACAGCUGUUCCGCCAGCUUGUCUCCAACGUGAUUGGCGCUCCUGCGAACGAAGAGACAGCCGCAAGGUCAACUGAGCUUAUUGGGUUGCCCUUUGAUGCGGCAGAGGAGGCCUGGUUCGAGGACUUCCUUUCUCGCGAAGAUGGAAAGAAGCUGAAGAGAGCGCGAGACACACUCCUCGUGAGAAAGCUGGUGACGGGUAGGCUAAGUGAAGCUGUGCAGGACAAGAAUCAUGGAGGUGGCUGGGGAGUGGUACUAGAAGGUGUUAAGAGCGGCCUAGGAGGCCGAGCAGAGUGA